UUUUGUGUACCUGUACCUAAAUCAAUUUAUCUCGAACACCGGGAGGAAGGACUCGACACAGUGAUGCUGCCAGAAGCCCUUUACACCCACAACAACAAGUUAAUGUUAUGAAACUAGACAUCAUCACUCACUAGAUACAGAGCAGCAAAAUGGCUAAGCAUGCUUGUCAGUUGAAUUUUCUGUCUCGUUCAGAUGGAUCUGCGCUGUACUCAAUAGGGAACACAGUGGCACUUGCUUCAGUAAAUGGUCCAGGUGAAGUUAAGAAAUCCAACCGUCAUUACAACCGGUCCCAUCUAGAGGUGUGCUACAGUCCCUCCACAGGCCAGUCCAUGAUAGGAGAGCGAACCCUGGAGUCAGUGAUCCUACAUACAGUUGAGCAAGUGAUUCUUGUACAUCUUCACCCAAGAACUGCAACUAAUGUUACUAUACAAGAGAUGCAGUCUGAUGGUCUGGCACUAUCAACAAGUGUCAAUGCCACCUGCCUGGCCUUACUUGAUGCUGGCGUUCAAAUGAAAUCCCCAUUUGCAGCUGUCACGUGUUGUCUCACUCCUUCAGGUACCAUCAUAAUUGAACCCACGGAAGCAGAGUUGAAGGAAAGUGAGGCAUUAGCAACAUUUGUAUUUGAUGGUCAGGCGUUGAAUGUUUUGUCAGCACAUCAAGAAGGAUGUCUCGAUUCAGAGAACUUUUAUGCUUGUCUCAGAAAAUGUCAAACUGCAGCCAAGGAUGUUUUGAAUUUCUAUCGGCGAAUUAUGGAGGAGAAGUAUAGUAGUGAUAAGAGCUAUAACUAGAUUAUGAUAAUAUGUAACAUUGUUGUGAUUUAUUGAAAAUUUUUGAGCUAAAAGAUUAUUAAUUUGUCCCCAGGAACAGUAUUUGUAGAUCAGUAGAUUUGGUUUAAAUUUAAAUUUUUUGUUGGUAUUUUAUAAAAAUCUGAUGUCUAAUAAAUAAACUCAAAUUUCUUA